GGCGUGGCCAAACUGGUCCCUAGAGCCUUAUUGGUUGGGGGUGCUCUAGAGAGUGGGGGUUCUACCUCUCUGGGGUAUCGCAGGUUAUAAACUAGACUAGGCAACCUGUCAGUCUGCUAUAUGUUGUCUUACUGUGAACAGUGUCACCGUGUGUUUGUUUGUCCGUUCGUGUUUACCUAAGUGCGAGUUUGUGUUUGACAGAGUCUUCCAGGCGUAUCGCCCAUCGUUUUCACAAUGUCGAAUUUGUCAGCGAGCAGUGAUUCGAGCGAUGAAGGUUCAAAUAGUGAAAUGCCCUUUGGUGAUCCUGAAAGCCAUCAGUCUUCUGAUGACAACUAUUUGGAAGUUGUUGAGUCUGAGAGUGCUUCGAUGCACUAUCAAGAUGAUUCUCCUUAUCAUUCGUCGCAAGAUGGAAAAACAUAUCAAGAUUAUUCUCUCACUGAUAGAAAUUCACAAUCAGUGUACGAAAGCACAUCACAUUUUUAUAACUCUUUUAGUUCUGAAAAAAGUGAUGAACCGUCAUAUUCAUUAAAUAAUUCUACAAAAAAUUCUUCACCAUAUCAGUAUAAUGAAUCAGAACAACCUUUAAUUACUUCAUUUCAAGAAAAAUCUAAAAAGAAAAAAGAAAAAUCACGAAAUAAUAAACUAAAUAAAAAAAAACAUGCAACAAAUUCUAAAAAAAGUAUUAAUUCAACUGAAAGUGAAAGUUUAGCGCCCCUAAAAGGAAACUAUUCUACAUCUCUGUCUGAUAGUUCUGAUAACUCAGAUCAGAUCCAGAGUGAUUAUUCGAAAAAAGAUAAUAAAAGAAAAAGAAAAGGUUAUGUUGAGUCUUCUGGUCUCAAGAAGAGACUUGAAGCAAGCAAUAAAGGGAGUCUUUUAAUGAAAAAGAUGGGUUACCGAGAAGGUGAAGGUCUUGGUAAACAUGCUCAAGGUAGAGUUGAGCCAGUCGAACUUUCAAAUCAAAAGGGACGUCGGGGCUUGGGACUUUCGUUACCUGGUUUAGAUGGCCAGACAAUUGAAUGGGACCCUUCUUUAGAAGAAAUAAAUGAAAGAGAACCUGUCGACUGGUUGGAAAAUUUUGAUAUACACAUGUUAAAUUUUGAAACCAUGGCGGAAGAUUGGAUCAAUGAAGGUCCCAAAAAUUUGAAUAUUGAAACUAUGACGGAAUUCAUAGAUGAGGAGUUACUGAGUAACAUUCUAAAAAAAAAGAAUAUUUUUGAUAACCUCUCUGAGGAUGAGCUGAGGAGGGCUGUUAGCCGAAGUAAUCCCUUUGAAACUAUAAGAAAGGGUAUAUUUUUAAAUCGUGCUGCCCUCAAGAUGGCUAAUAUGGACUUCGCAUACGACUUUAUGUUCACGAAUCCAAAAUACCGUGAUGAUAGCCCGAUGGUUCGUGAAAACGAAUUAUUGUACUUUGCGGAUGUAUGUGCUGGCCCUGGUGGCUUUUCUGAAUAUGUUCUCCAUAGGAAAAAUUGGCAUGCUAAAGGCAUCGGUUUUACUCUGAAAGGAGACAACGAUUUCAAACUGCAAGAUUUUCUUGCAGGUCCUAGUGAAACUUUUGAACCGUAUUAUGGAGAAAAGGGGGAUGGAAACAUUUUUGAUCCCGUCAAUAUUUCAAGCCUAACCGACUUUGUAAUGAGAGUUACAGAUGGCAAAGGAGUCCAUUUUAUGAUGGCUGAUGGAGGUUUUUCUGUAAAAGGGCAAGAAAACAUUCAAGAGUUGUUGUCAAAACAAUUGUAUCUCUGUCAAUUCCUUGUUGCGCUGAGCAUAGUUCGAGAAGAAGGCCACUUUGUCUGUAAAAUAUUCGAUGUUUUUUCUGAAUUCAGUGCUGGACUGAUUUAUUUAAUGUAUAAAGCAUUUAAUAAAAUUUCUAUAUUCAAGCCUAAUAGUAGCCGCCCAGCAAAUUCUGAAAGAUACAUUAUUUGCAAACACAAGAUGAGAGGUUGUGAAUCGAUCAGAGCUUACUUAUUCGAAAUCAACUCGAGAUUGUGGAACCUAGGCGUUAAUUCUGAAAUUGAUGUUAACGGAAUCGUGCCACUUGAAAUAAUAAAGGAUGAUCUCGAAUUCUUCAAUUAUUUAAGGGAUUCCAAUAACAGAUUUGGAAACAAACAAAUUGUGAACUUAGAUAAAAUCGCUGCUUAUUAUCAAGAUCCAAACCUCCAUGAAAGGUUACAGAAUAAAUUAAGGACUCGGUGCAUGGAGCUGUGGAAAGUUCCUCCUGGUCCAAGAAAAGCUGAUCAGAGAUCUGACAUGGAAGUGGCAAAAACAAUAAUGCAAUUGAUUUUAAAGGACAAGUAUCGGCCUCAGGAGGUUUCAGUAAUACUGAACCUCAAAGGCGAAAACUUGGUUCCUGAAAAUAUUGACAAAAUUUUCCAAUAUUCGAUCUUAGACUGGAACUGCAUACCAUUAGGAUCAGAUAAAAUUUGCUUUUUAUUAGGUCUAGGAAAAAACAAGGUGUAUCGUUGGGUUCAGACUAAAUGGGAGUACGAGCCUAAUUUAGAAUUGACUCCAGGGACUCUCAUCUACGGAGAAUUCAUGCCUGAAUAUAGAGGCAAUGGUAUGAAGCAGACUAAAGUUAACGCUUUUCAUAUCAUUGAUGGAUUUUCUCUCGGCUAUGAACCGAUCUCUCACUAUCCCUAUUAUCAGAGGUUGGAAAAGUUGAAUUUGUACCUGAAAGCGUUGAAGAAGUGGAAUAGCAAUAACUUGUGUCCGAUCCGUGUGAAGAAUCCAACCCCUUUGAAGGAUAUAUACAGCUUAUUUGAAAGGGUUGAGGAACAGUUAUUGAAAACAUCGAACUACCAAACGUGCCUUUAUGAUCACGACUACAAUUUCUAUAUGCAGCUGAAAGGAAUGGUCUUCAUCAGAACUACAAGAGAACCUUGGAGGCGGCAUCUAAGCAAAAAAUAUAAUUGUCAUUACUAUUAUAAUUCUGAGAAUGGAAAAUCAUUGUUUGAACGGGAUCGCCCGGUCGAAGCAGAUGCAAGUGCAUUAGAUUCCCUGAAGUACCAAAUAUUGUGGAUGUUCCAAGUUGGUGUAGGAUUUAAGGGUGAACCAAGACAGGACGAUGUUCUUCACAAAGACGACCUCGUACGUUUUAUUCAGAAAAGGAUAGUUUGAAGUGUUAAUAGAUUUUUGAAGAAUCUAAAUAUUUAACUUCACUCCUAGGCAGCCUUAAUAGUCAACAAGUAGUUAGGCAUUUUUUUUUUUUUUUUGUUUUUUUUUUAACCUGUGUAAAAUAUAUGUAUAUAUAUUUUAUUGUUAUUUAUUUUUUUCGCUCUGAUCUUUAUUAUUUUUAAAAGCGCAAUAUUUUUAUUGUGAGCAGACUGAAUAAAUAAACUAUAUUCUUUAUUAUAUAGUUAGACUGGU